GUAAACAAAGCGCGUGGAGCUCAGGAGCCGUGAUGAACUCCGCUAUUCUUGCUCGUGUCGGCCAGCGUGGCCGGUUGAAUUUUAAUUUAAGCUGUGAAAGGUGACAAGAAGCCUCAACAGACCUGCUUCCAGCCUUCUUCUGCAAUGACAGAUAGAGUCAAAGAGCUCGUUUCGAAGUGCCUGCAGGCCCGGGACAUGGCAUACUGCCCGUACAGCCGGUUCCCUGUCGGUGCGGCCAUUCUAACAGCAGAUGGCGCUAUAAUAACAGGCUGUAACGUGGAGAACGCCUCCUACGGUCUGACAGUGUGUGCUGAGCGGACAGCCAUCCAUAAGGCCGUGGUGGAGGGACACAGGCGCUUCACUGCCAUCGCUGUGACAUGUGAUAUUAAAGACCGCUUUGUUGGGCCGUGCGGAGCAUGUCGGCAGGUUCUUAUGGAGUUUGGUUCAGACUGGAUUGUAUACCUGACCAAGCCGGAUGGAUCAUACAAAGAAACCAGCCUCAGUGAACUGUUGCCUCUAGCCUUUUCUCCAGCACACCUCGGGAAGUGAUGGAGCCCUGACACCAUCCUUAGACAUCAUUGUUUAGUUGAUUAUUUCAAUACUUUUUAGCUGCAUUGUCUCUUUGUCCACAUAAAACUGCAAAUUAUGUCAAUAAUAAAACACAAUUUUCCUCUAAA